AUGCACGGCCCGCUCGCGAACGCCGCGCCGGCGCACAACUUCGCGCUCCUGCCCCUCGGCGGCGCGCUCCACGCCUACGGCGGCCGGUCGCGGACGCCGGGCGACGGCGUGCUCCACUUCGCCGCGGCCGACGCGGCCGCGCCGGCGUUCCCGGACGUCGGCACCGUCGUCGUCAACGGCACGCACCCGGGCUGCAUGGAGCUGCGGCGCUCGGCGACGCGCUGCGAGUGGGACGGCAAGCUCAGCGCCGCGCGCGUCGGCGACGCCGUCGCGCUCUACGGGCGGCUCAACUCGCGGACCGCGAAACGCUGGGCGCAGGUCGCGUUCGCACCGAGCCCCGCGGGGCCCUUCGGCGCCUUCGAGCCCCUGCGGCUCCUGGGCUGGUCGCCCUGCCGCGUUAGGGCGGCGAGCGUCUACUUCGUCGCGGUAUCGCCGAACCCGGUCGACGGCGGCGCGACGGCGCUGGGCCUGUUCCCCAUCUUCGAGCGCGGCGACUGCUACCUCGGCGCCGCGGCGACGCGCGACGGCGUGACCUUCGGCCCGCCGGCGCACCUGCUCGACCUCGGCUGCGAGGACGCGGGCCGCGUGCGCGACUACCCCGCCGACGGCCUCGCGGCGCGCGGCGACGUCGUCUACUUCUACGUGCACCGCGACAUGCCCACGGACCACGCGCUCGAGCGGCGCGUGCUGCCGCGGGCCGCGCGCCUCGUGCGCCACGCGCUCGCGAUGAAAUGGCUCGAGGCCUUCACGGCGGCCCAGGUCGCCGCGCUCGACGCGGCCGCCGCUCCGGCGCGGCGACCGCCCGCCGCGCCGGCCGCGGGCGUCCACGACGACCGGCUCCCGCCCUGCGAGAAGGGCGACCCCUACCGCCACAACUACCUCGCGGGGUAA